AACCAUGUAUAGGCUUGUCUUGAUAUCCUUAACUUUUGGCCUAUCAAAUGCCAUUGUCUGCCUGCCAACGUUCUGCGAAAAUGCGGUUCAGCCAGUUUUAGACUGCAAAGGUGGAAUAAUCGAGCAUGCAGGGUUUUGCGGAUGCUACAAUAUUUGUGCGAAGAUAGAAGGUGAGUCUUGUGUGCUGAAUAUGCCAUUCCGAGGUGUGCCCAACACAGAGAUAUGCGACCAAGGGCUUGAGUGUGUUCCAGAUGUUACGGACGGUGUGUCAUUUGGUCACAAGUGUGUCAAAAAGACGGAUAACGUUUCACAAAGAGCGCUAUCCCACUGUGUUACGGCAUGCCAAAGAAAAUCUCUGAUGUGCACCAUUUCAAUGAUCGUAUACCAAGGACAGUGGUUCGCAAAAUGUGACCAGGAAGGGAACUUCUUACCAGAGCAGUGUGACAAUACAA